UCGUGUUUUAUUUGAUUUCCUUUCAAGACGAGAAUUGUUUUAUUAUGCCUGCAGUGGAGAAAUGUUUAUUUGGAGACGAGAAGGAGUUUGCAAAUCAGAUGAAACUUCUCGUAAAUAGCAAAGAUUUACAUGAUAUCGAGUUUGUGAUUGGACCAUCCAGGAAAAGGGUGUAUGCACAUAAAUGCAUCUUAUCUGGAAGGUGUGAAGUCUUUCGUGCCAUGUUUGUGGAACAAGCACAAAAACUAAAAAGUGGACAAGGUGAUAAAGAUCUAGAUGCACCAUUUGUCCUAUCAGAUAUGACUCAUGAAGUGUUUUUGACCAUGAUGGAGUUCAUCUAUACAAACAGGGUCACUUUGUCUUCAAAAACGGCUAUAGAUGUCUUGGCAACAGCACUUGAGUAUGGGCUUGAUGACUUGAAGCAUUUAUGUGAAGACUAUCUAGUAUCAUCCUUGGAUGUCGACAAUGCUUGUGACAGAAUUCAAGCUGCACAAACAUAUCGCCUCGAUGACCUCAAGCGAAAGACACUGGAAUACAUUGAAGAAAAUACAAAGGCUGUGCUUGAAUCCAAAGGAUUUGAAGAAAUUUCUGAAGAAACCCUGUACUGUAUUUUGGAAAGUGAUAAUCUCAUGCUGGACGAGAUGGAGGUUUACCAGGCUGUUCGGAGAUGGGCCAGUGUUAAUUCUGCCGUGAGUUCAAAACCAAUUUCUGCCAUGGGCCGUGAUUCCAUCAAACUAAUCCGACUUCCCCUGUUGUCUUUGGAGGAGAUAAGCAUACUUGAAGAGGAGAACAAGAAAGACCAUUUUCUUCCUAUGGAACUGUUUGCCCUGGCAUGGAAGAUACAUGCCACACGACAGGGAGAAAAGGGCAAUCCAUUGACUACAACACGCAAAGGCACUGCUCCUCGUGAAUGCCACACUAUUCUGCAGAAUGCAAAAUGAAGAACCAAGCAAAUUUAGGCUGCUCGUGCACAAUAUGCCCCUGGACGCAAUAUGAAAAUCUCUUAUUUAUUGCUUUUAUUCUCCAGCUCAUUUUAUUUUGCUGAUUUUAUUUCACUAUAAUGAAAUUAAACGGAGUUUUCAUUUUAGGUAAAUAAUUAUUAGUAUAACAAAAAUGAAAGGAUGCUGCAAUAUUCUUGCUUUUAGACUUGAUGACAACUCCUUUGAGAACAUAUUUAAUAUUCUGUGCUCUUUGAUUAGAAUUUCCAGAGCUAUUUUUAGAAUGUAUAGAAUCUUCAGAAUUGGUCUGAGUAUGCAUUUUUCUCUAGUAUAAUGAAUGCAGUUUUAUCCUAAUCUCCAGCAUGCAUGCAAGAAAAUAAAUUGUUGCUGAUUGAUGAAGGAUUUUUAGUGGUCUUGUUCCUUUGAAUGCAGAAUCAAGUAACCGCAUUAAGCCAUUCACUGUUUGUUACCUCUCUCUCUUUUAAUGCACUUAUUUGCUAGACUGGAAAAAAGAUGAAGCAAAUUAUUAUUUUGAUGAUGAUGAUGAUGAUGAUGAUGAUGAUUAUGUUGACAACAACAACAAAGACAUUACGCUUGUUUUGGUAAUAACAGUGGUUGGGAUCUGAAACUAUUCGAUUACUUUGUGAGGUUUAGUGACAGAAGUGAUUGAACGUUUACAGUACAUCUUUUUAUUACAACUGUAAUUAAAUGCGUUACAAAACUGUCUUUCAACGAGAAAUAUGAUCAUAUAUUUAUACCAAUUAAGUCAUUUCAGUAGGGCUGUAAUCAAAUGUGCUACAUUUUUGACAUCAGCUUGAACAAUAAAAAAUUGUGUGUUGGUUUGGUUGA